ACCCAAAACAGCAGCAGCAACGGAUAAACCCCUCUUCCCCCUCAUGAUAUUGAUAUGAGGCUCUCUUUUCUCUUCCAAUAGAUAACACAACCCAACUACUCAAAAACUUCAAUUUCAACUCUUAACACUCUCUCAAAAAACUCCCCUUCUCACUCUCCACACUCUCUCCUCCAAAACCACUCACCACCCACCAUGGCAAUCUCCUCUUCAGUAGCUUCCACAAAACUCACCUACACCUACUCCUAUUCCUCCCCCUCUUCCUCCCCUUCCUCUUCCAUUUCCCUCCCUUUCCUCCCUAAACCCAAAUCCCUCCUCUCCUCCUCUUUCCUCAACCCUUCCACAAUCCUCCACCUCACUCCCACCCCCACACCAGCCUCCCCCACCACGCGCCAUCGCUUCACCGUACGCGCCGCCAGAGGCAAGUUCGAGCGAAAGAAGCCCCACGUCAACAUCGGCACUAUCGGCCACGUCGACCACGGCAAGACCACCCUCACCGCCGCGCUCACCAUGGCUUUAGCUUCAAUGGGUAACAGCGCCCCCAAGAAAUACGACGAAAUCGACGCCGCCCCGGAGGAGAGAGCGCGUGGAAUCACCAUCAACACCGCCACCGUGGAGUACGAGACUGAGAACCGACACUACGCCCACGUGGACUGUCCCGGACACGCCGACUACGUCAAGAACAUGAUCACCGGUGCCGCACAAAUGGACGGAGCGAUUCUUGUCGUGUCGGGUGCUGACGGUCCUAUGCCACAAACGAAAGAACACAUCUUGUUGGCUAAACAAGUGGGUGUCCCAAACAUGGUCGUGUUUUUGAACAAGCAAGACCAGGUUGAUGACGAGGAGUUACUUCAACUUGUUGAACUAGAGGUGCGUGAGUUACUCUCUUCUUAUGAGUUUCCUGGUGAUGAUGUUCCUAUUACUUCUGGUUCUGCUUUGUUAGCUUUAGAGGCUUUGUUGGCUAAUCCUAGUAUCAAACGUGGUGAGAAUCAAUGGGUUGAUAAGAUUUAUGAACUUAUGGACUCUGUGGAUGAGUAUAUCCCAAUCCCACAAAGACAAACUGAAUUGCCCUUUUUGCUUGCUAUUGAGGAUGUGUUUUCGAUUACGGGUCGUGGUACAGUUGCCACGGGACGUGUUGAGAGGGGUACAAUUAAGGUUGGAGAUACUGUGGAUAUUGUGGGAUUGAGGGAUACUAGGAGUACUACUGUGACUGGGGUUGAGAUGUUUCAGAAGAUUUUGGAUGAUGCUAUGGCUGGUGAUAAUGUGGGGUUGUUGCUUAGAGGUAUUCAGAAGGCUGAUAUUCAGAGAGGGAUGGUUUUGGCUAAGCCGGGGACAAUUACGCCUCAUACUAAGUUUGAGGCUAUUGUGUAUGUGUUGAAGAAAGAAGAGGGUGGUAGGCACUCACCGUUUUUCGCAGGGUAUAGGCCACAGUUUUACAUGAGGACCACAGAUGUGACAGGGAGGGUGGCGACGAUUAUGAAUGAUAAGGAUGAGGAAUCGAAGAUGGUUAUGCCUGGGGACCGUGUGAAGAUGAUUGUGGAACUUAUUAUGCCUGUGGCUUGUGAGCAAGGAAUGAGGUUUGCUAUCAGAGAAGGAGGGAAGACUGUUGGAGCUGGUGUUAUUCAGAAAAUCAUUGAGUGAUACUAUAUGAUGAAGGAAGGUUUGGAAUGCGUGAUAGGGAAAUGAUGCUCUUCGCUUUUUGAGUGGUGGCAAAACGACAUCAUUGUUCUCAAAUUUAUGCAAUUAGCUUUGCCAUUUUACAAAACUUUGAUCUCUCCAAUGUCAUAUAUUUUUUUUAGGUUUGUAUUUCUUUUUCUUUGUGCUAAUGUCUAGCCUAGUCGGAUGAGAUAUUUUAAUGAUGAUUUAAUGUUAUUUUUGUUUA